UCUCUUACUAAUAUCAGAACCUCCACCCUCUGAGACCAUGGUCAACUCCUGUUGUGGCUCCAUCUGCUCUGACCAGGGCUGUGGCCAGGAGACCUGCUGCUGCCCCACCUGCUGCCAGACCACCUGCUGCCGCCCCAGCUGCUGUGUGUCCAGCUGCUGCCGCCCCUCCUGCGGUGGCUCCAGCUGCUGUGGCUCCAGCUGCUGCAGGCCCAGCUGCUGCAUCUCUAGCUGUUGCCGCCCCACCUGCUGCCAGACCACCUGCUGCAGGACCACCUGCUGCCGCCCCAGCUGCUGUGUGUCCAGCUGCUGCCGCCCCUCCUGCUGCAUCUCUAGCUGCUGCCGCCCCUCCUGCUCUGGGUCCAGCUGCUGUGGCUCCAGCUGCUGCCACCCCUCCUGCGGUGGCUCCAGCUGCUGUGGCUCCAGCUGCUGCCGCCCCUCCUGCUGCAUCUCUAGCUGCUGCCGCCCCUCCUGCUCUGGGUCCAGCUGCUGUGGCUCCAGCUGCUGCCAGCCCUCCUGCUGCUGCCCCUCCUGUUGCCUGCGCCCAGUCUGUGGCCGGGUCUCCUGCCACACCACCUGCUAUCGCCCCACCUGUGUCAUCUCCACCUGUCCCCGUCCCAUGUGCUGUGCCUCCUCUUGCUGCUGA